AUGCAUUGUCUACGAUAUCUUGUUUCAUUUUUACUUAUCUUUAACCUGAAUGGUAGCAAGGCAGCUUUACCUCGCUCAGAGAUUCGGCUUGAAGACAAUGGAUAUAAAGGCAUCCUUAUCGCAAUCAAUGAAAAUGUGGCGGAAAAUGUUACUUUGAUUGAAAACUUGAAGGAGAUGUUCACUAGCGCCUCCCGGGAAAUGUACCAAGCAACCCAUAAUCGGGCUUACAUGAAAGAAAUAACUAUCUUGGUACCUAAGACAUGGAGUGAUGCUAUUACGAAUAUUUCAGCAACAUCAGAAAUAUUUGACAGUGCAAAUAUUAUUGUGGAUAAAGCGAACGCUGAAUAUGAUGACAAUCCGUACACCAACCAGUUUGCACCAUGUGGCGAGGCAGGAGAGUACAUACAUUUCACUGAAAGGUUUCUGUCUGAUUUUGACUGGGUCUGGUACACGUAUGGAAAUCCAGGCAAAGUACUUGUACACGAGUGGGGGCAUUUACGUUGGGGACUGUUUGACGAGUAUGCCACCGAUGAUAAAAGUCACUUCUACUUGAACGAAAACAGACAUGUUGAGCCGACAAGGUGCUCUAGACAUGUGUCUGGGAUAGCAUUGAAUUGGAGAAAUGGUAAAAGAUGCAAUCGUAAACCAGAAAAUGGAGUUUUGCCAAAUAAAUGGUGUCGGUUUUACCCUGAACUUGAUGUAAAUAAGCAAAAUGCAACAGGCUCGUAUAUGCACAUGAAUUUCUUGGACACUGUCACAGAGUUCUGCCAUAGCAACGCCAGUGGCGACCCAUUUUCUUUACACAACAGCAUGGCACCAAAUCAACAAAACAUCAAAUGUUCUCAAAGGAGUGCAUGGGAUGUUAUGUCACAGUCACCUGACUUUAUUGACGGCAAUAAUCCACCACGUUAUGUAUUGGACACAACACCAGACUUUAUUAUUGUAAAAACCUCCCCACUACGAAUUGUGUUGGUACUCGAUGUUUCGGGUAGUAUGAAUUCUAAUAAUCGAAUUGGUAUUUUGAAUUCACUUGCCACCAAGUUUAUUAAGUACACUGUUCCUGAUGGGCAUUUUGUUGGAAUAGUCGAGUUUGAAUCGCAUGCAACCAUCGUCUCAAAUCUCAUAGAACUUACCUCCAACACCACACGUGACAAUUUAUCAAGUCUAGUUCCGUCAUAUACCAGAGGAGGAACAUGUAUUGGGUGCGGGUUACAGAGCGGAAUACAGGAGUUGACUCUACAAAAAAUGACGGUGUAUACUCCGGACUAUUCCUCGAGUUCGUCACGGCUACUUGUCCUAAUUGCAGCUGGACCAAAGGAAGAAAGCAAUAUUACGGUUCCUAUUGAUGAUUUCGAUCGUGUGGAUACUGGUGGUGCAAUCCAAGCUCCAGUAACUGUCAGUGAUGAUGAUGAAUUCCCACCAUCGAGAAUUACCGAUCUACGAGUCACUGAGACAUCCUAUGAUGACCAGACUGUUACAUUAGAAUGGACGGCACCUGGCAAUGAUUUAGACAAAGGGGCAGCUGAUGGUUAUGACCUGAGAUACAGUAGAAACUUCGUCACGUUUUCACGCGAGUUUAUAACCGGUGAAGAGUUAACCGAUAUCCAUGUCGUUGAGGGCACCCUGUCAUCGCCAAGCACAUUCGGUACGACGGAGACGGUGACGGUACAAAUGCCAGCUACCUAUGAAAACAUAACAUAUUUCUUCGCAAUCCGUGCAUUCGACGCUGCUGAUAAUACAGCUGCUCCUUCCAAUAUUAUAUCUACGGCCAUAGUGGUUUCUACGCGAAGCGACGAUGAUUUUACAACAGAAAGCAGUGUCAUUACUACUGCGGAUGGCGUGGAUAUUAUAGCCCCGACUGAAUCGGAAUCGGAAUCAAUAUCAACAACAGUCAUCGUUGCGGCGUCGGUAGUGGGGGCGGUGGUAUUGCUGUUGUAUAGUAUGUGUGUCCUGGUAAUGGCUAAAUAUAUCUGCAUCCGUCCCAAAUCAGCCAUUGCCCCAGAACAACCGACAGAUUUCCAAAUGUCGUAUGGUAAUACAGUUGUAUAG